UAUUUGGAAAUUCUCUAUUAACAAGUAUAAUUCUUAAUCUUUGGUUAACUAUUGUGGAUAUCCUCACCGAACAGUGGUACAAAUUACUCCUUGGUGAAAAAUAUCUGAAAGAAUUUCUUUAGUACUUAUUACGGAUUCUGGAAGUAAAAAUUAAAAUUAUCCAUAUUUAACACCACAAUCGCGCAUUGAUUUACUUCUACUACAGUGUUGAGCUUUUUUGAAGACAAAAGCACAUUCAAAUUAAAAAUGGCGGCACUGGGUGUAUCAGAACCGCCUCGGCUAAAUAACAAUGAAUUUCUAAACUACAUACCACAUCUUGAAUUAGAAGAACUUCUAAUGACUCAAAUUAAAGCAAAUGGAUCUUGGGACUAUUUAUUUAAAGCUUCCAUUAAGAAAGAAAACAAGCUUAGUUCACUUACGUGCAUUGCUUGUCAAGAAUUAAUAAAAUGCCAGAAGUUUAGCAGUCACUUAAAAGAAAAGUCUCAUGAAGAAUCCCUGAAAAAUGUCGAACAAUUUUAUCAUCCCUAUUAUACAAAUGACAAGGAAUGUGGAAAUAUUAAAAGUGGUGAAAAUAUUUCUGAUAGAGAUACUGAAACUGAUACCGUACGAACUAAAAGUAUUACUUCAAGUGAAGAGCGAUCCACCUUAUCGACAUCGAAAAUGAUUGCUGAAUGCAUUCGAGAAUCCGAAGGCGAUUUAGAUUUGGUUACAGAUAAUGAGAAUUUUACUAAUAUAAUUCUAAGAAAAGAUGUAACCAAACCUGAAGACUUAUUGGUAGAUGUUAAAUUGCCACUUACAGAUAUAUUAAAUAUCGAAUUUUGUACAGAAAAAGGGAGGUGGGUUCGGAUGAUAACCGUGAACAAAACUGCAAGCACCAAGUUCUACUGUGCUUUGUGCUCAAAGUUUUGUUUUGGAAUUAUAACUGUGGACUGUCAUCUCAAAGGGUUCACACAUAAACGAGCCCAAAUAUCAUGCUUAGGCGUUCGCUGUUCUAGUUACAAAAAUCUAACUAAAAACUGUAUUUUUGGAUAUGGGGAAACGUUUUGCAUUAAUAUACAAAAAACGGAGAAUUUUGAAAAAGAAUCAUCACCAAACUCGAACGACGUUGAGAAGUUAAAAAAAAUUGAAGAUACCGAUGAAGAUAAAAACUUAGGAAGUAUUCAAAAAGUACAGGAAAGUAAUAUAAAGCCCUCUUUAUCUGCUACAAUCGCUAAUAAAGUUAAAAAUAUAAAAGAAAAAAUGCGAGUUCAGAAUAAGUAUGUGGAGGGUCUUAUAGGAGUGGAAUAUGUUGUUAAAAUACUAAAAACAAAAACAGAUAAAUAUCCGAUGUACGAAUGUUGCCUUUGUGAAAUCGUACUUAAUGAAAACCGUAUGCAAGGCCAUCUUACCGGAUAUAAUCAUCGACUUAAAUAUUGCGAACUGCAUUACCCUAAUACCAUAGAAAAGUUUAAAAAUGUAAUUGGGCAUGUUAAGUAUAUUGAUUACUUCAAUGCAAUGAACCAUAUUUUGUCAAAGAUUGCUUCUGCAAUUGAACAACACCAUGGGCGCAGUACCCCUUACGUGGUUUUAUUAUCGAUAUUUACCAAAAUGAGGACGGAGUUGAUAGCAAAAAUAUAUAGCUAUCCUAACGCUUGCCAGCAACAUGGACCAUCAUUCACAAACGUUAUGACGGAAGAAGAAAUUAAACAGAUAAUCAGAGAACAAACAGAAUACGUGGCGCAUACUAACAAUUAUGCCAGAUUCGUUGAAAAACCAGAGAAAAAACUUUAUUUAAAUCAACGAUGCCAUGAUCCAAACAAAAGAAAUGGGGAUAAUUUUGACAUUCGUAAAAGAAAACGCUCACCUUCUCCUCCGAAAAAAUACAGUAAAUCUCUUUUACGUUCCCUGUCACCUCAUCAGAUUGCGCCAACAAAAAGAAAUAAAGAAUCUAGGCAACAUUUAGCGUAUGGUGCAAGUGUCUCCUCAUUUCAACGAGAUGAGGUAGCAGUCGUGACAUUUGAAAUUGAGCGCAUGUAUAAAGAGUAUCGGAAAAAUCCUGAAAGUCAUCCUCUUUACGACGAAGAAUGGAAUGGAUUUUGGCGUCGUCGUAAGGAACAACUUGUUUCACAAGGAAUCGACCACCGAUCCUACAACUACCAACCCGAGUGGGUUAAAUACUUCAAAAAUCGUUUGGAGGAACUUUUUGAAAAGGAAAUAAGUGAUUCAAAAAGGGAAAUAAGAAAUCGCUUAUCAGACUAUGAAAUAAACAAUUCAUCAAAUUUGCUUGCACAUAUAAAAGACUUUGGUCUAAAGUCUGAUAAUACUUAUGAAUUGCAAAACGAAAAGAGGUCUCCAGAUGUCAUAUCACAAUCUGCAAAUUCUCGCUAUUUGGAAAAUGAAAUGCGGGAUGGUAAACCUACUGUUAUCCAUGUACUGAGACUUUUGACAGCUUUAGAAGAUUACCUUGGCAGUUUGGGGACUAAAAUAAUGGAUUUACUUUCUAAAGCUUUAAUGAUAGAAAAAAAUUGUAAUAACAGUCAGUUGGAACAACAAAUUUUGACCUUUCAUAAUUGCACACUUUUGGAAACAGCAGUAGAGAAGUUGAAGGGACUACUCUUUGCUGGCUUAUUAGAUAGAUCUAAAGUGCAGGGAUUUAACCGUGUUAUUCAAUUUACCACUGAUUUACUUAAACAUGCUGAUAAAAUGGGAUGGCGAAACAUACAAACAUCCUUUUCAAAUAAAGUGGAAAACCCGGUGUUUCUAAAAUUAGCUGGCGCUGUGGAAAGUACUAGGGCGGCUAAUACAUUCCCUUCUACUCAAAAAUUGUUAUCUGAUACACUAAUGGAACUGUUAUCAAUGCAGAAAAAUAACAACAACUCUGCUUUUAACAACUCCCAUAAUCAAAAAACAUACAACGACCAAAGUCAAGGAAUAUGUGGUCCAGGUAUAGAUCGAUUUGGUGAGAAGGCGAAUUCCCGAGGUAGUCACUGGCAAAAUCCAGAAUUGAAUUCUUCUUACUUUUUAACCAAAUCUACAUGUUUUGAAAGAAGUUUUAACGGAGCUGCUAAAAACGUCACGAAUAAUCAGAACUACAAUAGUGUGAAUAAUACACCUGGCAAUAUUGGCAACGUUGGGACGUUUGGAAAUAGACCGAAUCCUAAUUAUAAACCAAUAAGUGUAGCACAAAAUUAUCAAAAUUAUGACUUCGUUGGUGCCAUUAAGAGAAAUGCCUCUUUAAAUAAUCAGCAAUGCUAAUUUUGAAAUACAGAUAAAAUUAUAUAAAAAAUGUUUUAGAUUAAAUGAGUCGGUCAACUCGAAUAAGGCUCUAAUUACUAUCGCUUGAUUAAACAGCUCUUACAAGAAGAACUUUAAAAAAUCGUUUUUUUUCUUUUUGUUGUUAAUUAUACAACGUACACAUGUACUUAUAAGUAUGUAUGGACCAACAAUAUUAUUUAAGGUAAUCGAAACUAAUUGACAUUUAUAUGGAUUUUUUUAAUUUGGAGGAACUUUUGUUUUGUUGGAUGAUUUGUAUGUAGCAUGUAAUAUUCAAGAAUAAAGGGAUAUUUUUUUAAGACGUAA